CUGAGAAAGCUUUAGCUGUUUGUAUGAUGAGUUCAGUGGGCUGGAAAACUUUCCAUAGUUCGAACGCAGAUAUAGAAACAAAUAUCUAUAAAAACAAAAUAAGUAAACUACCGCGAAAGUGACAGUAAAUAGCAAUAUUAAAAGGAAAAGCAAAAGCAAUUAAUUGGUGGUUAACUAUUAAAUUUAUCUAAAGUUCUCAAUGUGGUUACAGCGAUUACGAUUCUCUCCAGCGGCUGCGGUCCGUCAAAGCUUAAGAAGCUUUGCAGCUGUCAGUGACAGCAACAACUACAACAACAAUGUUAGUGAUAAACUUGAGACAGUUUCUGUAGAUGAGCGACAUCCGUUGAAGGGCAUACGUAUUUUGGAUCUGACCCGCAUUGUGGCUGGACCAUAUUGUACCAUGGUCUUAGCUGAUCUCGGAGCGGAAGUGAUCAAAGUGGAGCGACCGCAUUUCGGAGACGAGGCACGCAAAUGGGGUCCUCCAUUUUUGGAGCACAGUGGAGAUGCUACAUAUUUUUUGUCCUCGAAUCGGAACAAACAAAGUGUUUGCAUUGACAUGAAACGUGGCCGAAAGAUCAUGCAUGAGCUGAUCGAACAAAGUGAUGUGUUGGUGGAGAACUAUGUGCCGGGCACAUUGGAUCGCUACGAUUUGGGCUAUGAGCAAGUGCGUCAAGUGAAUCCUCAGCUCAUAUACUGCACCAUUAGUGGAUAUGGCGCUGUGGGACCUUAUGCUAAAAGACCCGGCUAUGAUGUGAUAGCCUCAUCGAUGGGGGGACUAUUGCACAUAACCGGCGAGCGUGAGGGGCCGCCUAGUAAGGUGGGCGUGGCUGUCACAGACAUUGCCACAGGUCUUUACGCACAUGGGGCAAUACUGGCAGCUCUGUUGCAACGCCAGCGCACACAACGUGGCCAAAAGAUCGACGUCGAUUUGCUGUCCACUUGCUGCUCGCUGUUGAUUAACGUGGCCAGCAACUAUUUGAAUGCCGGCACUGAAGCCAAAAGAUGGGGCACCGCUCACUCCAGCAUUGUGCCCUACCAGAGUUUCAAGACCGUGGACGGUUACUUGACCGUCGGAGCUGGCAGCGAUGCACAAUUUGUUGAGCUUUGCCAGCGACUUCAGAUUGAGGAAAUUCCACUAAAUGACAAAUUCAAAACCAACAAAGAUCGUGUGAAGAAUCGCGAGGAGCUUGUCAACCUUUUGGCCAAAAUACUAGCGAAAAAUACAUCGAAAAACUGGAUGAAUCAAUUUGAGGGCGCCUCCUUUGUAGUCGGUCCCGUGAAUAGCAUUCGAGAGGUGUUCGAGGAUGAACACAUUCAGGCCAUCGGCCUGGUCAAAGAACUGCCCCAUUCAAAAGACAAGAGUGUCAAGGUUGUAGGUCCACCGGUCGUCUACAGUGAAGCACGCAAUGAUGCUCGAACUGCGCCUCCGAUGCUGGGCGAGCACACGGACGAGGUGCUGGGCAGACUUUUGGGCUAUAGCACCGAUAAAAUUGCCGAGCUACGCGAGCAGCGUAUUAUCCAGUAAUCGGACGAUAUAAAUAUUAUAUUUGGUACAUUUGUGUAUAGUAAUAAAAAUCUUUUAUCUUUUAAAA